AUGAGUACCCAUCCAGAAUCAUCUGAUAGGCCCGCAACUACAUCACCGACUGACUUGACAAAUCUGGGAGCUCAACUGCGUGAAGUUCUAAACCGAUUUAAUGAGCUGAGUGUUGGAAUGAUGGCCCAACGGCGAGUAAUCGAUCAAUUGGUAGCUAGUGGUGCUAGCGGUGAACAACAUGAGCCCCUACCUCCUGGCCACUCUGAACCUCAACCCAUAUUUUUACCUUAUAUUCAAACCUCUGUUACUUCACAAGUCAUAAACCCACCUGAGGAAGUCUUUACUUAUCCCACUCAUGGCCCACAACCUGCUCAUGCACCUUACAUCCAAACUAACCCUCCUCAUGUCCAAAUUCCCCAAAAUUAUCCGCCAAUUACUAUGAGCAUGCCAUUCGAGCCACAGGGACCUUAUUAUUACUCUACCGCUGAGCCAUUCACCCUAGAUACCGCUGUUCAAGGGAAAGUUGAAGCCGGGGAGUCAUCCGCACCAGUGGAUAAGAAUUUGGUAAAGCGAUUGGAUCGGUUUGAGGAGUUCAUAAGGGAAAGCCAAGGCUUGAACAAACAAGGAGGGUUUGACUACAACGAUCUGUGCCUAUUUCCUGAUAUGCAAUUGCCAAUGGGUUUCAAAGCACCCAAAUUUAGCAAGUACGAUGGAACUGGCAAUCCCAAAACACACCUUCGGAUGUUCGCAAACAAACUUGGAAAACCGAUAGAUGAUGAGAAUUUACCUUACGAAUAUAAUUGCGAGCUUGCUCCAACGAGGGCCACACUUGAGGGGACUAAAAGAAAACCAUCUGAGGACCACAAGACGUACGCGAAGAGAUGGAGGAAAUUGGCCGCCAAGGUGGAGCCUCCUAUGAUUGAAAACGAGAUUGCCGGAAAAAUUGUUAAUGUGUCAACAUUGAAGAUGCAACUAGAGGCUCUGCAAGGCCAGAAUAACAGUGGGAAGAAAUCCCAAUUUAAAGGAAAAGAAGAGGAAACUGCUUUUGUUGGGGAUCAGGGCCCCUCGGCCAGACCUAGAUUUUCAAACCGCCUUGUUUAUUCAUCACCCUAUCCAUACUACCCAAACUCCCGUCCUAUCCACCAUACUACCAUUAACCAUUCUCGACUUCGACCAAAUUUACUCACACCACCCUUUCAAAAUCCUCAACCAAAUUUCAAAACUAGACAGCGCCCUCCUUUUAACCCAAGACCUAUUCCACCCCUUAGCCCAAAUUACUACUACCAACAAACCAGUGACACCCAAAAUUCAACGUCACACCGAACUUUCACCAAUCUAGGUCGGCCUGUUGACCAAUUAUAUGAGCAAUUGAAAGCUGUCGGGAAAAUUGGCGUUAUACCUCCUAAGAUCUAUUCUAAGCGCUUUCCAUCUGACUAUGACCCUCAAACAGUCUGCACUUAUCAUUCUGGAGCUCCCGGGCAUUCCACCAACGAUUGUCGGGCAUUGAAACAUAAAAUCCAGGAUAUGAUCGAAGUCGGAGAAAUAGUGCUAAGGAAAAAGGGUGAACAAGGACCGAGCAUAAAUACAAAUCCCUUUCCCGAACACAAGGACGUCUUUGAGGCAUCCAACCCCAAUGAAGAAAUCUGA